AUGCCCGGCCUCCAAGAUGCCGCCAUCCAACUGGCAGAGACCAUCCAAACGGCGCACAUCAACAAGAAGCCCUCGCCCGAGCACGACUUCGCCCCCUCCACCGCCGCCGACUCGAAAGAGCAAGUCCGCCUCGACCACUCCGCCGACACCGAUGACGUCUCCUCGGACAUUGACGACGACGAAAUCCCCAUCUCCCUCCUGAAGGCCGAGCCUCGCAAGACGCAGAUGCCGCCGCUGCCGGAUCUGCGUUUCGAGCAGAGCUAUUUGGCCAGUAUCAAGGAGGCGCAGGGUUGGCAGGGUGUCACGUAUAUCACUGUGAGGGAUCAGGUGAGUUGA